ACGUGGUUCAGUUGUUAACUAUCAACAGUGGCUGGUCAUAAGUUAGGUUAGCAAGUUUAAUUUUGUACUUUUAUAAUUUUAAACAAAUUCGUACAAAAUGUCUGAUGUUACUUUUGCUAAAAUGAAAUUGAGCUCUUGGCUUAUUAAACAAUGUGCUUCAAUAGGUGUGAAGAGUCCAACGUUGAUUCAACAAAAUUGUAUCCCCCAAAUAAUGCAAGGUAAAGAUUGUAUUGGUGCUGCGAAAACUGGAAGUGGAAAAACAUUGGCUUUUGCAUUGCCGAUUUUACAAAAAUUGUGUGAAGAUCCUUAUGGAAUAUUUGCAUUGAUUCUAACACCCACAAGAGAAUUGGCAUUUCAAAUUGCAGACCAAUUUGCUGUUUUUGGUAAACCCAUGAAUCUUCGUCACAGUGUUAUUGUUGGAGGAAUGGAUAUGGUUACUCAAGGACAAGAAUUAGCCAAAAAACCACAUAUUGUAGUUGCAACACCUGGAAGAUUAGCUGACCAUUUAGAUAGUUGUAACACAUUUUCACUGAAAAAAAUUCAAUUUCUGGUACUUGAUGAAGCUGAUAGAUUACUUGGUGGUAAUUAUGAUGAACAUAUUCAAACAAUAUUUCAACAAUUGCCUAAAAAGAAGCAAAGUUUGUUCUUCUCGGCUACUAUUACUGAUACAUUGGAAAAAUUGAAGGGAGUCACAGGAAAUGACGUAUUUCUUUAUGAAGCGCCCAAUGAUAUAGCAACUGUUGAACAGUUAGAUCAACACUAUGUGUUGUGUCCAAAAGACGUACGUGAUGGAUAUUUAGUACAAACGAUUCGCGCUUAUAGGGAAGAGAAUGAAGAGGGAAAUGUUAUGAUAUUUACUGACAGUUGCAGAAGUUGUCAGGUCAUAUCCAUGAUGUUGAAUGAAGUGGGUUUUGAAAACGUGGCUUUACAUGGUAUGAUUCCUCAAAGUCAAAGACUUUCCUCACUAGCAAAGUUUAAAUCAAAUACAAUUAAGAUGUUGAUAGCCACUGAUGUAGCUAGCAGAGGAUUAGACAUUCCAACUGUGCAACUAGUUGUGAAUCAUUUUGUACCGAAGAUACCUAAAGAAUACGUGCACAGAGUCGGUAGAACUGCAAGAGCAGGAAGAGGAGGUAAAGCCAUAACUUUGGUUAGCCCUCACGAAAUAUUGCUGUUGCAAGCUAUUGAAGAGUUUAUUCAUAUGAAAUUAACAGAAUACACAAUUGAUGAUACGGAAGUAGGUAAAAUAUACACGCAAGUUGCCGUAACGAAAAGUGAAGCCAGCAUAAAGGUGGAUGAAAAGGAAUUUUAUGAGAAAAAGAGGGUGAAUCAAAGGAAGCAAUGGAUUUUAGAAGGUCUUGACCCAGACGAAGAAGAGGAUAAGGUGGAACAAGAAAAGAAGAAAAGGAAACGAACCAAGAGGCUGAAGAACAAAAGUAAAAAACUGAAAAUUGAUACGGAAAACGAUGUCGAAGAUGGAAAAGCGGACGGCGAAAAUACGAAGGGCGAUCAAAAGCAGACUUCAAAUGAAGAAGAUCCUAGGUUUAAAGAUUUUGCCAAUAAAAAAUCUAAUAUUAAAAUAGAUAAAGUUAAAAUUAAAAGUAAAAAAACCGUUGAUCCUAGAUUUAAGCUUAAUCUUAGUAAAAAAGACAAUAAAAUUAAAAAAUAA